GCCCCUUCAUAUCUUAAAGAGCUCAUAGUACCCUAUUACCCCACUAGAACACUACGUUCUCUGAAUGCUGGGCUACUUGUGGUUCCUAUAGUCUCUAAAAGUAGAACAGGAGCCAGAGCCUUCAGUUACCAAGCUCCUCUCCUGUGGACCCAGCUUCCAGUUGUGGUUCGGGAGGCAAACACCCUCACCACAUUCAAGAGUAGGCUUAAGACAUUCCUCUUUGAUAAAGCUUAUAGUUAGGGCUGGAUCAGGUGAGUCCUGAACCAUCCCUUAGUUAUGCUGCUAUAGGCCUAGACUAUCAGGGGAUUUCCCAUGGUGCACUGAGCUCCUCCCUUCCUCUCUCUUUAUGCACUCAUUCAUGUCCCAUUAAUGCAUGUUACUAACUCCACUUCUUCCCCGGAGUUCUUGUGCUUUCUCGUCUCGCAGGUUCUCAUGGAUCCUGGUCGAGCCUCCUGCCAUGGUCCUGCUUGACUGCCAUUGCCAAUACUGUUGUUGCUGUGCACCUGUCUGUCUGUCUGUCUCUCACUCUCUCUCUCUCUCUGCCUCUCUCUCUCGCUCUCUCUCUCUCUGCCUCUCUCUCUCUCUCUCUCUCUCUCUCUCUCUCUCUCUCUCUCUCUCUCACCCCAACUGGUCGAGACAGACGACCACCCACCUAGAGCCGGAGGAUCUGUCCUAGGUUUCUGCCUUUUAAUAGGCAGUUUUUCCUUGCCCUUGUCGCCAAGUGCUUGCUCAUGGUGGUACUGUUGGGUCUCUGUAAUUAAUGUUUUAAAGAGUUCGGUCUAGACCUGCUCUAUUUGAAAAGUGUCCUAAGAUAACUUCUGUUAUGAAUUGGCGCUAUACAAAUAAAAUUGAAUUUAAUUGAAUUGAAUUGGUUGCUCGGGAACCACUGGGGGACAGCUAACAGAAGCUACCUUGGGUUGGCCCGCACCAACUACUGGGGGCUGGCUAGCUAUUGCGGCUAAAGAUAUCUCUGUGGUGCCGUGCCGUGCCUCUAGUUCACUGAGCCUCGCCUCGAGCGCAGUGAAUAAAUAACACUUAAUACAGGUUCCAUUAUCAAUAAAGGAGGCAGAGGAAUAACUAAACAUCUGACAGACUGAGCAAGACAGGGCAGAAGAGGAAGAGGGAGAAGUCAUCGUUGAGUGUUAAAUGCUAAUGAAGCUAGCAUGUCUGAAUUUAUUUAGCAAAAGUCGCUGCUUAGGUAUUUUUACAUGAAUACAUUUUUAAAGUGCUCAAAUAUUUAUUUAAUAACUGUACAAACAUGUACAGGGAAGAUAUUACCUGAAGUUAUCGACGGUUGCUCCAUGUUAGGGUGGCCAUUUCCUUCAUAUGAAAAAGGAGGACACUUUGCAUACACGGGGACACGCAAGCAGAUAUUUGUUUGGUAUGAUCCGGUUUUAAAUUUUAAUAUGUUUUUCCAGCAGAUUACAUAAAGGUGCACACACAUACCGCAUAGCUAAUAAUAAAUAUACAAGAUACAGCUCAUGACAACGUGGCCUUCCAAUUCAGAUUACAUAGGUCUAAUAAACAUCAUACAGAAACUGUUCUUAAUGUUUUUAUCUGGAUAGAUAAAGGGUAAAAAAAUACAGCACCUUCUGUUUCAGAUGUAUAGGCUUUGCCUAGGCUUCGCCUAUACAUAUGAGUAUGAGCAUUUUCAGAAUUUCAGUCCAACAACCGAUGUUAGCUAACAUUACUUCUCUGUCUGAGAGCUUGAUUGACAGCCUGGUGGUAGCAACUGAAGCAGUGUUGUAGAAUCAACACAUGGCUCAUUUGAAUAUUAAAAUGAGCCAUGUGUUGAUAGGUCACAACAGGAAAAUGUAACCAAUGAAAUUACUUAUUUUGACAAAGCUUUUUUGACACACAUAUUUAGUCAAUAAGUAUUAACUAACUAACAAGGUAAUGUGUCAAAAGGCGGACCUUUUUUGAUAUUUUCUCAGAAGGAGGACAAAUGAGUGUCAGGCUUAAAAGCUGGACGAAUGGCCACCCUACUCUGUGUCCUGUUGAGAUGACGACGACGACGCUGGUGUUGUUAGACGCUGGCUUCUUAAAAACAGUGCCGUUGUCCACCCUGAAGUUUGUUCCAUGCGUGAUGAGGUGCUUCAUCAUAUUGCUAGUAUUCCCUGUUUUCCCCGAAAUAAUGUUGCCGCAUUUGAUGCAUCUAUUUGUACCCGGCGCCACAGGCGUGUAGUACAACCAUACUUUUGAACGUUUUGCUGCUGGCAUCUCAGAAUGCUGACCAGCCAACUCCGCCACAGGCAUAAAUAUGAGACUUUUAUUUUGGCAUUUCUCCACACUGGUGCAGUAAAGAUACUUGAUAUAAAGUGUUUUUUUUAUUCAUCAGGGGCACAACACUUUAUUAAUUAUAGCUUACGGCUCUAAAUACCUUUAUUCUGAAAACAGGAAGUAAAUACGCUGUUUCUCCGCAUUUACCAUAAUGCUGAGGAUACUUGUACACUCGAAAUUUAAGUGCGGCUGAUUUGACCACGGAGAUCGGACUCACGGCUGGAUUGACCGCAGUCUACUAGCCUACUGUUUCUUCUACACAGCACGGUCCUGUAAAUGACAACAUCCGGUCUCAGAAUAUGAAAAAACAGGCGUUUUUUCCGUUUCUGUUUUCUAGUGAUUUUAUUUUUUGUUAUAUGAAAUAGAAAAUGAAAAUCGAAUAUAUUUUCUAAUUUCGCUCAUCCCCUUUUGACCAUGAAAAAGAAAAACGCCUUGUAUUUCAAUUUAAAUUUUUGUAUUUUAAAACGAAAAUCAAAUAACCACUCGUUUUCUGUUUUUUAAUACCCGUUUCUGAAAGGAAAAUCCAAUGACCAAAACAUACACGGACCUGCCUUACUGCCCAACAAUGCUGCUGAAAUAGUGGCAUGCACAAUAUGUGACCCAGGGGAACAACCUAUUGUUACAGUGUGACUGCUCCUGCUGCUCAAGGACAAACUUUCAGCUGUUACCCAACUGUCAGCCAUAAACAAAAAGCAAGCAUGAAUCAUCAGCACAUUCACAGCUACCCUGCCAUUAUCCGGCUCCUCUUUCUCGUCUGGCUGCAUGUCAUCAUAAUGUAUUUGAACCGUGUCACACGUCCGCCUGCUAUGUAUAGAGUCUGUUCUCAGAGCUGUGAAAAUAAGUAGAGAGUAGCGUAUCAGCUAGCAUCUGCUCUGGAUCGGGGCAGUAAUUCUCAUUGGCAGUAUGUGGUAAAACACCCUGGAAGAUCAACAUGUGGAUCAAAGACUUGUGAGCAGUCCAGCUGGGAUGUCAUGCAGAUGAGGAGGUGAUGGAGUCCAACAGCUGUCCACACUUCAUCCAGCAGCCAGAACUCUGUAAGCCACUGCACAGCCUAAGGGUCUACAUCGAUCACAGCUCUUUCAUUGUGGAUAAAACCGUUCUGGCUGAGAGCUGUGAGUACUUCAGAGCAUUGUUCCAGUCAGGAAUGAAAGAAAGCCAACAGGAAGAGAUCCACCUGCGAUGUGUUGGGGUUCGAGGCUUUCUGGUCAUGCUACAGGUCUUGAACGGGGAACGACCUGUACUGAACAGUGACCAGAUUGUGGAAGCCAUUGAGUGUACUGCUUUUCUGCAGGUGCCAGCUCUCACCAAGCACUUGAUCAAUAUUGUCAAUUCUGAAAACUGCCUGCUCAUGUACCACACAGCUACCACCUACGGUGUGUGGGAGCUCUCCCACAGUUCUGCCUUAUUCAUCAGAGAUAUGUACACUGACCUGAAGGAAGAUGUUCACACCUUACCCAAAAAGCUGGUAGAGUACAUUGAGUCUCUUCUCCUGAGUAGCUAUGUGGCAGUGUGCAGCCACUCACCUUCAACUGAUCUGCUGCAGGAUCUCCAGAGAACAGUCUGUUACCUGGAUGAGGACAAUGGAGAGUGGAAGGUCCUGACACAUCUGCCAGUGAGCACAAGCACUACCAUGGCAGGAGUGGCCGUCCUGGACAACAUUCUUUACAUCAUUGGAGGAGUACAUGACGUAAGCAAGAAGGUGGUAGAGGAUGGUUUCUGUUACAACCCUGCAGCUAACACAUGGUCCACCAUCUGUGGCCCCCAUCAGCUACGCUACAACUUGACUCUGAUAGGUCACGAGGGCUGCCUCUACACUGUAGGAGGCGAGUACAACAUGAAGACACUGUCAUCUGUGGAGAGAUACAGAGUGUCUAAUCAAAGCUGGAGCUUUGUCUCCCCCCUACCCUGCCCUGCAGCUUCGGUGGUGUCUGCUAUAGCCACAAACAGGAUCUUUAUAUGUCUCUGGAAAGGUAAGGGGGCCACAGAAAUACACGAGUAUGUGCCUGAACAGGACCUGUGGCUUCUAGUCACCACACUCAUCCGCCAGCACAGUUAUGGUCUUUAUAUGGCGGCCCACAAGGAUAAUCUGUAUGUGAUGCGCAAUGGACCCCGUGAUGACUUCUUACUGUGUGUAAUGGACUGCUACAACCUGAGCUCAGGACAGUGGACAGCCAUGUCGGGUCAGUAUGGGAACUGUAAAGGCUCUCUGUUCACUGCUGUGGUUAGAGGAGACUCUGUGUUCACACUCAGUCGACAGGUGACAACAGAGUACACAGUACAAGAUUAUGCAUGGAGACGUAAGCGUGAAAUGAAAGGUUUCGGCAGGAUUGGAUCCAUAUAUACAUUUCUGAUGAGGCUGCCUAAAGCCACUGUCUCCCCAAUCGGAGAUUCUCCAGAUUGGACCCAGGACCAAAUCCUAACAGAUCUUGGUCACAGAUUCUCCCCACAAUGCUCUGCUAACCUGUAAGAGUGUGACCUAAUGGGCUGAUGACUGAGCUGAUCCUUUACAGGACCAUUCUGAUUUAUUACCACAGGCAUCUAAUUUUCAUUAAUUUGGACAUCAAAAGUCAUCAGACACAAACCACUACUGUAUUUACAACCUAUCUGUUGUAAACAUCCAUCACAAUUUACAGAUCUACUUCUGCUUCCACUUUGACCUACUGUACUCAGUGUAAAUGUAUGUAGUUUUCUCAUACAAUGAGGAAGUACUAGCUGCUUUAACUUUGGAGCCUACAACUGCAUUUCAUUGUGUAAAUCCUGUAUUGUGACAAUAAAGCUAAAUCUUUCAGUUUGACAUCCAGAAAGAAGUUUGCAUAAUCUGGCUAAACUGUUAGCUUGCAUCUGAGUGUCUGACUGCUUGAACAUCUUUGUAGGAAUGUUACAGUGUUUGUAGAUUACAGUACAACAAUGAUUUGGUAACUGAUAGAAAUCAUAGCCAAAACUAUAAAAAUAACACCCAAGUUGUAUCCAUUAAUAUUCAACAGGUCUGUUUUGGUGAUGUUACACUGAAAAAUGAAAAUCUGUUCUUUUGAUGUUUAUCAAAGCUCUGUUUAUGGGAACCAGUCUCUGAUGGACAUUGCUCCUGUUUUCACAGAAAACAAGUCUUGAAUAAUGCAUGCUUCCCAAACUGAUUCUUUCAGGGAAACAAGGUUAAAUAAGACCAGAACACAGAAGAGAAAUGAGAGUUGAAUAAAAAUAGAAAAACA